UAUUCUUCUGCUUGCUUUGUUGUUUACAACUUCUGCUUUGUGUUUGGCCUUCUCAGAUUAGGUGAAGCAGUGGAUCGGACACUCCUCAACCAUCUUCUGAAGAUGUUUACUGCUCUGGGAAUUUAUGCACAAAGCUUUGAGAAGCCAUUCCUUGAGUGUACGUCAGAGUUUUAUGCUACUGAAGGCAUGAAAUACAUGCAGCAAUCGGAUGUUCCCGAUUAUUUGAAGCAUGUGGAGACGAGAUUGCACGAAGAGCAUGAAAGAUGUUUGAAAUAUUUGGAUGCAAGUACUAGGAGACCUUUGAUAGCCACAGCGGAAAAGCAGCUUCUUGAAUGUCAUAUACCUGCCAUACUUGAUAAGGGUUUCAUGGUGCUUAUGGAUGGAAAUCGGAUUGAAGACCUUCAAAGAAUGUAUUCACUCUUUUCAAGGGUCAAUGCCCUUGAGUCACUAAGGCAGGCCCUGAGUUCAUACAUCAGGAGAACUGGGCAAGGAAUUGUUAUGGAUGAGGAGAAAGAUAAAGAUAUGGUUUCAUCCCUUCUGGAAUUCAAGGCUUCUCUUGACAAAAUAUGGGAAGAAAGCUUUUUCAAGAAUGAGGCAUUCUCUAACACUAUCAAGGAUGCAUUUGAGCAUCUUAUCAAUAUACGUCAGAACCGACCUGCAGAGUUGAUUGCCAAGUUUUUGGAUGAGAAGCUUCGUGCAGGUAACAAGGGUACUUCUGAAGAGGAGUUAGAGGGUACACUAGAUAAAGUCCUAGUAUUAUUCAGGUUCAUCCAGGGCAAAGAUGUUUUUGAAGCAUUCUACAAGAAAGAUCUUGCUAAAAGAUUGCUUUUGGGAAAGAGUGCUUCUAUUGAUGCGGAGAAAUCUAUGAUCUCAAAGCUGAAGACUGAGUGUGGCAGCCAAUUCACAAACAAAUUGGAAGGAAUGUUCAAGGACAUUGAAUUAUCAAAAGAAAUAAACGAGUCCUUCAAACAGUCAUCCCAGGCUAGGACAAAACUCCCAUCAGGGAUUGAAAUGAGCGUUCAUGUCUUAACAACAGGAUAUUGGCCAACGUACCCCCCCAUGGAUGUGAGACUUCCUCAUGAAUUGAAUGUUUACCAGGAUAUAUUCAAAGAGUUCUAUCUAAGUAAAUAUAGUGGAAGGCGUCUGAUGUGGCAAAAUUCUUUAGGUCACUGUGUCUUAAAGGCAGAGUUUCCUAAAGGUAAAAAGGAGUUGGCUGUGUCCCUCUUUCAGACUGUUGUUCUGAUGCUAUUCAAUGACGCUGAGAAAUUAAGCUUCCAAGACAUUAAAGAUGCUACCGGUAUUGAAGACAAGGAAUUGAGGAGGACUCUGCAAUCACUUGCAUGUGGAAAAGUGCGUGUAUUACAGAAGUUGCCCAAAGGAAGAGAUGUGGAGGACGAUGACUCAUUUAUCUUCAAUGAGGGGUUUACUGCUCCUCUUUACCGUAUAAAGGUAAAUGCAAUUCAGAUGAAGGAGACAGUGGAGGAGAAUACAAGUACCACUGAAAGGGUUUUCCAAGACCGUCAGUAUCAGGUUGAUGCUGCUAUUGUGAGAAUAAUGAAGACCCGUAAAGUCCUAAGCCAUACCCUUCUUAUUACCGAACUCUUCCAACAGCUGAAAUUUCCAAUAAAACCAGUGGAUUUGAAGAAAAGGAUUGAAAGCCUUAUUGACAGGGAGUACUUGGAGAGGGACAAGAGCAACCCUCAAAUAUACAAUUACCUUGCAUAGUGCGUUUCUCCGUCAAAUUUCACUUCACAUUCUCUUUUUCUAGAAGACAUGGGAGAGAGGCCCCAUGUUUAAUCCCCAUGUCCUAUGUACAGUAUCUAUGUAGUUUUCCUCUCUUUUGUCCCUAUCAUUUAUUGACAAUGUUACUGUAAUUGUAAAGGCUCAAAUUAUUGUCUGGAAGAAAUUUUUUUUCCCUUUAUAAUCCUCUUAAAAGCCUAUUCCUCAAAA